AUGGCCUACCUACACGCUCAUUCGUGCGAGUGUUUGAAAUCGGAGCUCGACUUGUUCACUCUACCGCCUACGCAGACGACGAUAGAGGGUGGGCAGUGGGUGCAUUACAAGCCGGUGUCGUCUCUCACCGACGACUCACCGAUCGAAUUCAUGGUUCCGGGGCUGAGCGACGAGUACCUCGACCUGUCGCACACGAUGCUCAGUCUGCGAGUCAGUAUGCCGCCUUUGGAUGGGGUGCAGCUGGUGAGCUCGGACGGUAAGACCCCGACAGCGGCGGCGAUCGCAGCUCCUGUGAACAACCUGUUGCACUCGUUGUUCAGUCAAGUGGACGUCUUCUUCAAUCAAAAACUCGUCUCCCCGGCCAACAACGCGUACGCGUACAGAGCAUACAUGGAGACUCUGUUGAAUUACAACAAUACGGCCAAAAAUUCGCAUCUGACGACCACGCUGUGGUACGGGGAUACCGCCGGCAGAAUGGACGAUCUUGGUGCCGGUAAUAAGGGUUUCGCAGAGCGCGAACGAUUAUUCAAAAACGGCUCCAGCGUUGAUUUAUUGGGACACCUUCAUUGCGACGUGUUCAAUCAGGAGAAAUUCCUUCUAAACGGCGUGGAGUUGCGAUUGCGUCUGGUGAGAUCGCGGGACGCCUUCUGCAUCAUGGAAACCACCAACGCUCACACGAUGCACAUUUUAGAGGCCACUCUGCUCGUUCGACGAGUCACGAUAAACCCCGGCGUGUUGUUGGCGCACGCCAGAGCUCUGGCGAAAGGGACGGCCAAGUAUCCGCUCACCAGGGUCGAGGUCAAGGCAAUGACGAUUCACGGCGGGGUGCACGGCGAAACGUUGGACAACGUGUUUCUCUGCCAGCUGCCGAAGAGAAUAAUCAUCGGAUUCGUCGAUAACAAGGCCUUCAACGGCGACCGAACGCGCAACCCGUUCAAUUUUCAACAUUUUAAAACCAACUUUCUGUCUCUGUACGUCGACGGCCAGCAAAUACCCUCGAAACCCCUGCAACCGGACUUUACGAAAUCAAGAUUAUACGUGGACGCGUACCAAACGUUGUUUUCCGGAACUGGCAUUCAUUUUCUGAACGAGGGAAACGGAAUCAGCCGGGCGGACUACCCCUACGGUUAUUGUCUGACCGCGUUCGAUCUCACACCCGAUUUAUCGGCGAACAGCAACACGCAUUGGAAUUUGGUCAGACACGGCAGCGUUCGAAUAGAGGUACGUUUCGAAGAGGCGCUCGAGAAGACGAUAAACUGCGUCGUGUACGCAGAAUUCGACAAUAUUUUGGAAAUUGAUUCGAGUCGUCAAGUUAUCGUGGAUUUCGGUGGCUGA